AGCUCCCCAGAGUCCGGCGAGGCCAGCUCAAUCGGCUCUCCCGCACCUUCCGAUGCUCGCGACAACCACAAUACCUCUUCCACCGAUGCGCCACCCCUCACCAAUGAAGUGCCGCCCCUGCCCGCAGGCGCUCCUCCAGCAACACAAGACGACGGCUGGGACUUCCAGUGGGAUCCGACUUCCCAAGCAUACUUCUUCUACAACCGCUUCACCGGCGCGUCGCAAUGGGACAACCCUCGCGUAGCAGCACCAGCAGCAGCAGCAUCAGCACCAGGCACGACCGCCUCCGCGACCACGAUACCCUCAGGCCCCCCUCCCCUCCCCAAGAACAACGCGCCCCCAGCAGGCGGCUACAACCCCGCCAUCCACGGCGACUACGACCCGAACGCGUGGUACGCAAAGGGCAGCGCAGCCAACGAAGACGACACAACCCAGAAUGCGUCCUCUGCGGCAGCUGCCAACGCCGGCGAGUACGGCGCCAUGGCGCAGUUCAACCGCUUCACCGGCCAGUUCCAGGCGCUGGACGACGGCCCCGACCGCCACACGGACGAGGCCAAGAGCCGACGACAGAUGAAUGCCUUUUUCGACGUCGACGCCGCGGCCAACUCGCACAAUGGAAGGAGUCUCAAGGCGGAGCGCAGCGGCAAGAAGCCGAGCAAGUCUGAGCUCAAGCAGUUCAAGGAGAAGCGGCGGGCGAAGAAGGAGGAGAAGCGGAGGGCUUGGUUGCGGGAUUGA